AUGACUGCCGCCGUGGGCUUCAACGGCGAGUAUAUCUUCGAAUCCGACGAAGGAAGCCCCCUGCCAUACAUGGACUUCGAUGGCCCGGACACGCUACAAUCCUUUGACAGCACACGACCGGCCGAGCCCAAAUCUCUCUUUCCCAUCAGCGGGAAUCUCGCAGCACCGCAGCCCAUCGCGAACCCGCACUCGCUCAACGGUUCCCAAGAUUCAUCUUCUGAUUCAUCAUUUUCCAAGCAGAGUUCGGCCUCUACCAAAACAACCUUCACCGGUGGCGACGUGAUGAUGAGCGAUGGCAGUGAUAUAAAGGCGGAAUGGAGGUUUGAGGACUUCGUCAAUGGAGACGAUGAGCCGUGCGAUGGGACUAUCAACCCGGCAUCCAUCGAGCUGGCCGGCGUUUCCAGCACGCCGAGUCCGUUUCACACAGGAACAGCGGCAGGGUUGUCCCCGCAGGUGGACCAUGUCAGCAUCGGGAGCGGUGGCAAUAUCUCGUCGCCCUUUACCCCAGACGAGACGCGGCGUCGCAGCAUAGCUCUCUCUCACUAUUCGCUGAGCCAAACAAUGAACCGCCUUACAACUCAGGGCUCUAGAGAAGUGUCUCCGUUGUCUAACAUGGUCCCUAGCCAGGACUCGUCGCCACCUGUCAUGUUUAACUCGCCGUCUCCCAGUGCAGCGUUGGAUUUCGCUGGCUUAGCACCUACAGGCGGCCGACCGGCGGCCCAUUCGUUGUUCGCGUUCGAUCUUAACCAUACUCCGGCUCACCAGGCCGGUGUAGGACCGGCACCGCUUCAUAUCCCGAUGCCCAUGCAAGUUCCCGUUGCCCAAUUCCCCUACCGGCAGGCGUACGGCCCUCCGCCCUACAGCCUAAAAAUCGAACCCACGCCCCUGAAAUCCCGAGUAGAGACCCAGAUUCCAAUCAAGAUGAGGCUGUCCCCGCUACCGCCAGGGAUCCGACGCCUGCAUCUCCCGAGGCAUACCAUCAGCAAGCCGAAGCUGCUUGCAAAACCUCCUCCAGAACGGAGCCCUGACAUGCUCGAGCUCCAUACCGUUCUCGUCUGCACGAGUGCCAUGCAGAACACGGCACAGAGAGAAAGGGCAUGUCAGCGGGCGAGAGACGCGGCGCAGGCACCUGGGACCGAUUCUCGGGCAGAGGAGAUGUCUGAUGACGAGGAAAGCAAAUCUCAAAAUGGCGGCGAAGUACACAUUUGCGUCGGUUGUGUGACCCGCGAACGUAAACGAGCGGCUCGCAAGAAGGUCAAAAAACCCGAGGACGAGCAACUAUGGUUGAAAGACGAGAGCCGGAGGGUUAUCGUGUUCAACACGCACGAGAUCAAGGAGUGGCAGCAGUUGAAUGUUCACGAACUCGGGCCCAAAAGUGCCGAGUUUCAAGUCGACGCCCCGAUGAGGAUCGCCUGUUACUGUCGCCACCAUAGUGAGAAGUCCGGAUUCCAGGUUAUCUUCACCAUUACGGACUUCCACCGCAACGUUAUCGCCCAGGCCUUUUCAAACUCGAUUAUGAUCACGGACGACCAUAAGACACACACCCUCCCCCCUAACGCGGCGGGAAGCUCUGCGGACGGUAGUGACGCGACUCUCACCCCUUCAGGCCCGAAUCAGGCACAGGACGCGAACGCUCUUAGCCCGCCAGGGAGUUCUGUCCGCUUAUCACAUUCGAGUUCUGACCUUCAGACGCUAAAGCGGAAUGUCUCGAUGACAUUUCCGCCCUCUGUUGCAACGCCUGGUCUGUCUCAGGCAACGUCUGCAGUAACCACUCCGCGAAACCUAUCGAGGCCAGCUUCGCCCACGGGACUCAAUGGGCCCUCUUGUAAAAAGAGGAAGGCAAGCGGCUCUGCGAAGGUUCCGAGUGGUCUAGCAAUGACGCGCCUCGAAACCUCCCACCCUUCGGCGGCACAGUCACCUAGCCAACAAGUAGGGGCCCUGCUACCAAAAACUACGUCUCCUUUCUCGCCGAGCUUGACCUCCUUCCCAUCUACCACGGAGCCCAUGUUCGGCCAGACUCCGCUUGCUACCUUCUCGACAGGACCGCCUACACCAAACAGCAAUGACCAAAUGCUGUUCGGAGACGGAAACCGGUCCGGCAGCUUGGACAAUCUGGCGGCGGCGCAGGCCCAGAUGUACUCGGCGCCGGCCUCGUCACACCCGAGCAGAGCGCCGAGCCCUAGUGGGAUGAGAGCGCACACCGCUGCAUUGCAGCAGCAGCAACGGCAACAGCAGCAGAAUUCGCAGUUUGCCCAGGCACUUGCGACCAGUCUCUAUACUCUCCCCAUGGGGAUCGGUUCUCCACGGCCGCCCUCAAUUAUCCACAAGAUUAUCCCUGCCGAGGGUCCAAAAUCUGGUGGUAUCGAGGUCACGAUCUUGGGCAGUGGCUUUCACCAAGGCUUGGAGGUCAUGUUUGGCGAGAUCAGGGCGACCACGACAACGUACUGGGGCGAGAGUUCGCUGGUUUGUCUUCUGCCGCCGUCACCUCACUCCGGCAGCGUUCUCGUAACACUCAAGCACCAAAAUGCGCCGCCCUCGCAGCAAUUCUCGACGAAGCAGCCCAUCUUCAAGUACGUGGACGACGACGAGCAACAGCUUAUGCGCACUGCCCUUUCCGUUCUUGGACACAAGAUGAACGGGUCGUUUGAAGACGUCAGCGAGGUUGCCCGCCGGAUUAUCGGUGACGUAAACUCGCAAUGGGGGGCUUCAUCGUCGGCUCCUGCUGGUCAACGGACUGGGGGGCCGCCGUUCACCACAUUCGACGCCAACUUCGAGGCCAAGCUUUUGAAGGUUCUCGAACUCAUUGAUCUCGACGACAGCACCCACAAGCCACGGCUGAAUCUUAGGAGGUCGACGGGCCAGACAAUGCUCCACCUUGCCUGCUCCUUGGGUCUGCAUCGGUUUGUGGCUGGCCUUCUAGCUCGCGGUACUAACCCGGACCUACGUGACAAGGGAGGCUAUACACCCUUGCACGUGGCGUCUCUCAACAAUCACCCCGAGAUUGUUCGGCGCCUAAUCUCCUACGGUGCCGAUCCUACCAUCCGUACCUUGUCGGGACUCACGGCGGCAGAUGUGGCUCGCUCUCGGGAGGUUAUCCGAGCCAUCAGGCGUGUUGAGAGGCACGCUCGAUCCUGCAGCCGCGGAUCGCUCCACAGCCGUGCCAGCAGCAUGACGUCGCUGAAAUCACUCUGGGAGCCCCCAUCGGCUGCCCAGCCAGCAUCAGGCCAGACGUCGAGCGAGGAAUCCGAAACCGGGGAAGAGAGCCCCGAGUAUUCGUCUGAGGAUGUCGCCUCAGAAAAGGAUCCGGAUGUCGACGAUGGCCCAUGGCUGGAUAUGAGACGCAGAAGAAGUACAGGUGCGCCUCGAUCUCCGGACAACAACCCGACUGUGCUUCUACAGCCCUCCCAAGCCGAUGUCCCUGGUGGGAUGGGCUCGCCAACCGCAGCCGUCACGGCGUUCAAGGAGCAAUUCGCUGCCCAGUUUCAACAGAUCCAACAGGCAAUGGCUUUGCACAUUCAGAAUCUCCCUCAGUUCCCGUACUUACCACAGAUGCCGCAUAUGCCGCCGUUGGCGGACUACCAGGCUUACCUCAAUUCAGCCGCAGUCUUCCAACGGCUCACCUCCAUGGUUCCCAACAUCGGCGGUUCUAGGCCAGGAUCUGCCGGCGAGCAGCCAGCGAGCAAGGGACUAGAUGGAAGGCGGUGGGAUAUAUCGUCCCUAAUGUCUGGCGCCGCUACCGCUCCGCCGCCUGCCUACGAGGAGAUCUUCCCUCAGAGCGACAUGGACACAAAGCAGGCCUCUGCGGCUCAGGCUGCCGCCGAGGCUGAAGCCGAUCACAAGUGCGCCACCCUCUACGACCAGCCGAGCACGUCGAUGGCAUCCACCGAGACCCGUCGGAAGCUUCCCGCUCUAUUGCAAAUCGGUCGCAAGAACGCCAUCACUAGGGAGCAGCAAGAAAACCUGCGCCGCGCGCAUGCCGAGAAACUGAAGAGGCUGAGCCGUGAUCGGAAUCUGUUCUUCAUAUGGAUUCCGCUCCUCAUCGUUGUCCUCUUCGCCAUGCUGUACGGCAGGUUCCCUGGCUUGUUCACGGCAGCCUGGAACACUUUGCCGACGUUCGGCAAGCAGGUGGCCGCGGAAACCGCGGCAGACACGAUCGCAGAAACAGUCGCAGAAUCAGUCGAGGAUACUGUCAAGGAUAGGAUUGUUGAAGUCCUGUAA